GGCCCUCGGGGCGCCCGGGGCGCAGCGGGCGCUGCGGGGACGGCCGGGCGGGCCGCGCGCGGGGCCGCGGACGCAGCGACCCACCGGGUCCGCCCCGGGAAGGGGGAUCGCGGCGCUCCCACGGGAGCCCCCUGCGGCGAUCGCGGAGCCCCACCCCGCCGGGAACAGGCCGCGCACCCCCCUCCCACCGACGGGCUCCUGGUGAGACUGAGCAAGGACAAAUUCCGAGGGGGAGAGCCCCCCACUUGGCUUCCACACCAGGCACCACUGUCCUUAAUGAAUCCAGAUGCAGAGGCCCCCAUGGCUGUGAUAAGCCUGCUGUUCCUGGCGGUGAUGUACGUGGUUCACCACCCCUUGCUGGUCAGUGACCGGAUGGACCUGGACACGCUGGCCCGCAGCCGGCAGCUGGAGAAGCGGAUGAGCCAGGAGAUGCGGCAGCUGGAGCUGGAGUUUGAAGCAAGGAAGCGAGCAGCUGAGCAGAAGCAGAAGGCAGAGAGUUUCUGGAGGGGAGACGUGUCCGGGGACCAGUUGGUGCUGGGGAGGAAGGAGGAGGGCCAGGAGGGGCCCCUGGGGUGGCUGCUGGGGAACCUGUGGAGCGCCGGCCUCUUUUGCCUGUUCCUCCUCUUCGAGCUCCUGCGGCAGACCAUGCAGCACGAGCCCGCCUUCGACUCCAGCAGCGACGAGGAGGAGGAGGUGCGCGUGGUGCCCCUCCCCUCCUGCGGCUGGCUCACCGGCUUCCCCUCCCAGGAGACCCUGGAGUCCUUUUAUGAGCACUAUGUCCAGAACGUCACCCGGGACCUGCCUUGCACCUGCGAGUUCGUGGAGAGCUUCGUGGACGACCUGAUUGAGGCCUGCAGGGUGCUCAGCCGCCGCGAGGCCCACCCCCAGUUGGAGGACUGCCUGGGCAUUGGGGCUGCCUUUGAGAAAUGGGGAACCCUCCAGGACACCCAGAAGUUUGAUAUCCUGGUGCCCAUAGUCCCCCCACAGGGCACCAUGUUCAUCCUGGAGAUGAGGGACCUGGCCCUUGGCCGGCGCUGCGGCUCGGUGCUGUUAGAGUUGGGGUGCAUGUGCAAGCGCGAGAAGCUCCUGGGGGACGUGCUGUGCCUGGUGCACCACCAAAGGGACCACUCGGUGGCCUUGGACAAGUGUGGCAGCUCCAUCAAAGCGGCCCUCUGCACCGGCUCUCACCUGGAUGUGUGCAAGACUGUGCAGUGGUUCCGGAACAUGGUGGGCAAAGCCUGGGCCCUCUUGGCCCACAAGUAUGACUUCAAGCUCAGCCUCCCGCCGUCCACCACCUCCUGCAAGCUCAGGCUGGACUACCGCUCAGGCCGCUCUCUCCUCAUCAGCCUGGUCCUGGGGGUGCAGCGGGAAGACACCUUGGUCUACCUGAUGAGUCAGGCCCCCGACCAGGAGCAGCUCACCACAGUGGACUGGCCGGAGUCCUUCGCCGUCUGCGAGCACUUGUUCCUGAAGCUGGUGGGGCGCUUUGCUCCGGAGAACACCUGCCACCUCAAGUGCCUCCAGAUCAUUUUAAGUCUCCAGGACUUUCCCCGCUCAUCGCCUGGGGCCUCCCACCCCAUCCUCACCGCCUACCACUUCAAAACGAUCCUCAUGCACCUGCUGCUGCAGCUGCCCCUCACAGAAUGGCGGCACGGCCUGCUCGCCCAGCGGCUCCAGGACGUCCUGUGGUUCCUGGGCCGUAGCCUCCAGCAGCGGUCCCUCCAUCAUUUCCUCAUCGGAAACGCCUGCCUGCCCCUGACCAUCCCGAUCCCCAAGACCUUCAGGAAUGCCAAGCCCGUCAACCUCUUCCAGCACUUGGUGCUGAGCCCCGGGGCACACUCGCAGGCGGUGGAGGAGUUCCACCAGCUUCUGGCCCAGGUGAAAACUCUGCCCUGUGCCCCACUGGCUGAGGCCCACUAACACCAAGGCCAGUAAAAAGGGGAGAAGGUAUUCUGGUUCCUCAGGCUGCAAGUCCGUUUUGUGGCGUUCCAGCGGGAGAGGUGGCCUUCAACCUGCCCGCCGGGGUGAGGACAGACUGACAUUUACCCACGCGUGAGGGCGUCGUGAGGGGGUCGUGAGGGUAGGGUGCAGCCGGCAGGGACUAGUCUGGGGCAGGUCUUCUGAGGUUUCCUUCUCCUGGCUUAACUUUCAUCAAGACCACAGAGGGUCCAAGGAAACAGAUGUCAUGAGAGGAUCUCGCUGAAAAGAGUUGAGCUGGGGAGGCCUGUGUUUUGUCUCCACACUGGAAUGAAAUGAAGAACCAGAGAAUACCUCUGUCCCAGCUUGUUCCUGGUUACAAAGGCCUCCCAGCACGGCCCUGUAAACCAGUCUCCUUGUUGAACUGUUAGCUUAACUCAUGGUAAAGCCGGUGGCAUUCCAUUUUAUCCCAGUCAGAUACUGUAAUGGCAGCUUCUAUUUGGAGAUCUAAUUUGUGGCCCUUCACUUUUUAAAAAUAUAACCAAGAUGUUUCUUUUUCUUUUUCUUAA